AUGGAUGACAGGGUGUCCAGCCUUGGCAUCUAUGGAAUGGGGGGAGUUGGGAAAACCACACUUGCAAUGCAUAUCCAUGAUGAACUCUUAAAGAAUCGUUAUGGUUAUGUUUAUUGGAUUACCGUAUCUCAACAAUCCAGUAUUUACAAAUUGCAGGAUGACAUUGCCAAAGUACUGUGCCUAGAAAAUCUUCCUUUGGGGGGGAAGGAGAGGCAAAAAAGGGCUGCCAUUUUGUUCAGAGCAUUGGAAAACAGGAAGAAAACGGCGCUAAUUUUUGAUGAUGUGUGGGAGCAUUUUAACCUGAAAAUUGUUGGGAUACCUAAUGGGCCAGAUGGGCCUAAGUUGAUUCUAACUGCUCGAUCAUUAUUGGUGUGUCGCCAGAUGGGUUCCCAAGAAACAAUCAAAGUUGAGCCUCUUUCAAAUGAAGAAGCUUGGGAGCUACUUAUGGAAGAACUCAAGCCUUAUGACAAACUAUCUCCAGAUGUGAAAGAUGCUGCUAUGUCCAUGGGUAAAGAAUGUAGGGGUUUGCCACUUGGGAUUAUCACAAUGGCAAGAAGCAUGCGAGGAGUCAAUGACAUUCACAAAUGGGGGACUGUUGUGAAGGAAUUGAGAGAAUCAAAGUCAGGGAGACCUGAUAUGGAAGAGGAGGUCUUCUCUAUAUUUAGAAUCAGCUAUGGUCGCCUGAAGGAUCCAAUAGUGCAGCAUUGUUUCUUAUAUGGCGCACUAUUUCCCGAAGACAGUGUAAUGAAAAGAGAGAAAUUGAUGAGGUACUUUGUUGCAGAGGGACUGAUAGACAGAAUGGACAGUAGGUAG